UAUUAUAGUCGGAGCUCUACUUCCCCCUUUCAUUUCCUCUGAAGCGAAAAAAAAAGAAAAAAGGAAAAAGUGUCGUAAUUUCUCCUGCGCCGCUUCUGCUCGAUUAAUCCCUAGCUUUUGUUCUCCGAUCACGUGUGAGAUCGAUCAUACGAUGGGGCCUGGUCUCUACUCCGAGAUCGGAAAAAGAGCUAGAGAUCUUUUGUACAAGGAUUUCCACACGGAUCAGAAGUUUACGAUCACGACCUACACCUCGGAGGGAGUUGCAAUCACAGCCUCAGGCACAAAGAAAAAUGACUUCAUGUUUGGCGAGAUUCAGUCUCAGCUAAGGAACAAGAAUAUCACUGUUGAUGUGAAAGCAAGCUCAGACUCAAAUCUUUUUACAAUUGUUACUGUUGAUGAGCUUGCAACACCAGGUCUAAAGACAAUUUUCAGCUUCGUUGUUCCAGAUCAGAGGUCUGGGAAGGUUGAAGUUCAGUAUUUGCAUGAUUACGCAGGCAUAAACGCAAGCAUUGGGUUGACGGCUAAUCCCAUUGUUAACUUUUCUGGUGUGCUUGGGACUAAAGCUCUUUCGGCUGGAGCUGAUGUGUCAUUUGACACUGCAACCGGGAAUUUCACCAAGUACAAUGCUGGAUUGAGCAUCACCAAUGCUGAUCUCGUAGCAGCUUUAACUUUGAACAACAAAGGAGACAGCCUGAGCGCUUCCUACUACCACUCGGUCAACCCCUUGUGGAACACCGCAGUGGGGGCGGAGCUGACCCACAGCUUCUCGACCAAUGAGAACACCCUCACCUUCGGGACGCAGCACGCUCUGGAUCCUCUUACUACGGUGAAAGCCCGCUUCAACAAUUAUGGCAAGGCCAGCGCCCUCAUCCAGCACGAGUGGCGGCCCAAGUCGCUCUUCACCGUCUCUGCUGAGGUCGACACCACGGCCAUCGAGAAGAGCUCCAAGGUUGGCUUGUCUCUCGUGCUCAAGCCUUGAAUGGGAGAAAUUUUUUGAACCACCUUAAAUGUGCCUUUCUUUGAAAUGGUGUUGGAAUUGAAUAAAGUUGGAAGAGUGAACUUGUCCCAAUUUCAUCCACUGCUUUUUUUCUUUCAUUUACGCUCUAACGUCACUGUUGCCUUUCACUUGUUUGGAUAAUUGAAAAUUGUAGGUUAGUUUGGUGAUUUGCGUAGAUCUAUUUGAAUUUUAUGAUACUGUUUAUUCCUUCCCUUCUGAAAGUAAACUGGAUGUGAGCUAAGCCGAUAACUACGGUACGAUCUAAUUCGUGGUUUUACGUGAAUCUCUUGUAGCAUACCAUUAACAUCUUGGAUAUUGAUUUAGCUAUUUACGAUGA